AUGGGGGCUCUCCCAGCGCUGCUGGGGGCCGCCUUGCUCUGGGCCGGCGCCGGGGCCCUCAUCAACCUCAAGUACUCGGUGGAGGAGGAGCAGCGGGCCGGCACGGUGAUCGCCAACGUCGCCAAGGACGCCCGGGACGCUGGCUUCGUGCUGGACUCCCGACAGCCCACCGCCUUCCGGGUGGUCUCCAAUUCAGCCCCCCACCUGGUGGACAUCAGCCCUGGCUCGGGGCUGCUGGUGACCAAACAGAAGAUCGACCGAGACCUGCUGUGCCGGCAGAGCCCCAAGUGCGUCGUCUCGCUGGAGGUGAUGUCCAGCUCCAUGGAGAUCUGCGUGAUCAAGCUGGAGAUCAAGGACCUCAAUGACAACGCGCCUAGCUUCCCCACUGACCAGAUCGAGCUGGAGAUCUCGGAGACGGCCAGCCCUGGCACACGGGUGCCACUGGAGAGCGCCUACGACCCAGACUCGGGCAGCUUUGGCGUGCAGACCUAUGAGAUCACGCCCAACGACCUCUUUGGACUGGAGACCAAGACACGGGGUGAUGGGUCCCGCUUUGCUGAGCUGGUAGUGGAGAAGAGCCUGGACCGUGAGACCCAGUCCCACUACAGCUAUGUGAUAACAGCACUGGAUGGCGGCGACCCACCCAAAUUUGGUACGGUGGAGCUCAGUAUCCGUGUCAUCGACUCCAAUGACAACAACCCGCUGUUUGAGGAGCCGGCCUACACCGUAAGCGUGCCUGAAAAUUCCCCUCCGGGCACUCCGGUUAUCCGCCUUAAUGCCUCCGACCCGGAUGAGGGCACCAAUGGCCAGGUGCUUUACUCAUUCCACAGCUACGUCUCCGAGAGGGCCAGGGAGCUCUUCCAGAUUGACCCCCAGAGCGGCCUCAUCACAGUCAGUGGUGCCAUUGACUAUGAGGAAGGGCAUGUCUAUGAGCUGGAUGUGCAGGCCAAGGACCUGGGGCCUAACUCCAUCCCUGCCCAUUGCAAAGUGACUGUCAGCAUCCAGGAUGCCAACGACAACCCCCCCCUCAUUAACCUGCUCUCUGUCAACAGCGAGCUGGUGGAGGUGAGCGAGAAUGCCCCACCAGGGUAUGUCAUUGCCCUGGUGCGGGUCUCAGACCGUGACUCUGGAGCCAAUGGCCGGGUGCAGUGCAAGCUCCUGGGCAAUGUGCCUUUCCGGCUCCAGGAGUACGAGAGCUUCUCCACCAUCCUCGUGGAUGGGCGUCUGGACCGAGAGCAGAGGGACCAGUACAACCUCACCAUCCAGGCCAGGGACAAUGGCAUCCCCUCCCUGCAGGCCACCAAGUCCUUCACUGUCAAGAUCACCGAUGAGAAUGACAACCAUCCCCACUUCUCCAAGCCCUAUUACCAGGUCAUUGUGCAGGAGAACAACACCCCGGGGGCCUACCUCCUCUCUGUCUCAGCGAGGGACCCUGACCUGGGCCUGAAUGGCAGUGUGUCCUAUCAGAUUGUGCCCUCCCAAGUCAGAGACAUGCCUGUCUUUACCUACGUCUCCAUCAACCCCAAUUCUGGGGAUAUCUAUGCUCUGAGGUCCUUCAAUCAUGAACAGACGAAGGCCUUCGAGUUUAAGGUCUUGGCAAAGGAUGGGGGUAACCCUUCGCUGCAGAGCAAUGCCACCGUCAGGGUGAUUGUCCUGGAUGUCAAUGACAACACCCCUGUGAUCACGGCCCCUCCGCUGGUCAAUGGGACUGCUGAAGUGUACAUCCCCAGGAACGCGGGGGUUGGCUACCUAGUGACAGUGGUCAAGGCGGAUGACUACGACGAGGGUGAAAAUGGCAGACUUUCCUAUGAAAUGGUUGAAGGAGACAGAGGAUUUUUUGAGAUAGACCAGGUCAAUGGAGAGAUAAGGACCACCAGAGCCUUUGGGGAGAAUGCAAAGACAGCGUAUGAGCUGAUUGUGGUGGCUCAUGACCAUGGAAAAACAUCGCUCUCAGCUUCUGCCUUGAUUUUGAUAUACCUCUCUCCAGCCCUGGAUGCUCAGGAGUCCAUAGGAUCUGUUAAUUUGUCCCUGAUUUUCAUUAUCGCCUUGGGGUCUAUUGCGGCCAUUCUUUUUGUCACCAUGAUCUUCGUGGCAGUAAAGUGCAAAAGGGAUAACAAGGAAAUCAGGACCUAUAACUGCAGAAUUGCAGAGUACUCCUAUGGGCAUCAAAAGAAAUCAAGCAAGAAGAAGAAAAUCAGCAAGAAUGAUAUCCGUCUGGUACCGCGGGACGUGGAAGAGACAGAUAAAAUGAACGUUGUGAGCUGCUCCUCGCUCACGUCAUCCCUCAACUACUUCGACUAUCAUCAGCAGACCCUGCCGCUGGGCUGCCGUCGGUCGGAGAGCACCUUCCUCAACGUGGAGAACCAGAACAGCAGGAACGCUGGCUCCAACCACAUCUACCACCACACCUUCACGGGGCAGAGCCCGCAGCAGCCCGACCUCAUCAUCAACGGGAUGCCGCUGCAGGAGACUGAAAACUACUCCUUUGAUUCCAACUAUGUGAACAGCAGAGCUCAUUUAAUAAAAAGCAGCUCCACGUUCAAGGACUUGGAGGGGAACAGCCUGAAGGACAGCGGCCACGAGGAGAGCGACCAGACUGACAGCGAGCACGACGUGCAGCGGGGCCUCUACUGCGACACGGCCGUCAACGACGUGCUCAACACCAGCGUCCCCUCCAUGGGGUCCCAGGCGCCCGAGCCAGAUCAGAGCGAAGGAUUUCAUUGCAGGGAAGAGUGCCGCAUCCUGGGCCACUCGGACCGGUGCUGGAUGCCCCGCGCCGCCGUCCCCAGCCGCGCCAAGUCCCCCGAGCGCGGGAGGAACGUCAUCGCGCUCUCCAUAGAGGCCACCACUGUGGACACAGAGCCUUACGAAGACUGUAGCACAAAAAGGACUUUUGCGACGUUUGGCAAAGAAGGGAGCGAGCCCCUCGCCGACGAGCGGGCCGGCAACCCGAAAGGCAAAAGAACAGUGGAUGCGCCCGUCUGCAGCCCCAAGGUGAACGGCGCGGUGCGCGAGGCCGGCAACGGCUGCGAGGCCGUGAGCCCCGUCACCUCGCCCUUGCACCUGAAGAGCCCCUUGUCCGGCAAACCCUCGGUAUCGUACGGCGUCGUGCACUGCCCGGGCGGCCGCGACCCGGAGCCCUUCGCGAACACUGGCCCUUCCCGGCCCACGGAGGCAGAGCCCCGGGGGGCGGACAGCGAAAAUACCGUGCAUGAGAUUAACCCACUUUUGCAAGAAUGUAGAGAAAAAGACUCGCCAGGAGUGAAGAGACUAAAAGACAUCGUCCUCUAAACAGCACCCUGGAAAGCAAGGAGAAACCACGCUCCUCCGAGCGCGUAUCGUUUUUAUCGCUUACCAAUGGUUCACAGAUUGCUGUAUUUAAAAGCUUUCCCUAAAUGUAUUGUUUAUAAAUGAAGCUAUUGUUAAUGUGACAAUCCCACUCGUUUCAACAGGCAGCAGGGGUGUUCAGCUGGAGCAAAUUAGCUUGUUUUUUCGUUCACCUUGAGGGGGCAGGGGGCAGCGGGCAGAGCGAGACCCAUUCGGUUGUCAGAAGGUAUUACGUGUUUUGAAUUUAUAUAUUUUUAUAGCUCAAAACUGAUACAAAUUUCCAUUCUUGUAAAGAAUUGAAUUGCAAAUUCCUUAUUUGGACACCUUUAGUAAGCACCCUGGCCUCUCUGUAGUCCGGACAAAAUAAUGGCCUCUUCUUGUGUGCGGCUGUUUAAAAUUACAGUUCAGUGGGUUUUAAUAUUUGCCCAGCACAAGGUUGUUUGUAUUUUAAGAUGUUGCUAUUUUGCUAUGGACACCCCUGCAUUUAGGAAUCCUUUUGCUGUCACCUGCUUAUCUGUACUAUUAUUGUAUUUGAUAUUGCAAAUUACUGUAUGUCUAGUGAUGGCAAAAGGCUCUCAAGUAUUUUUUUAAAAAAGAAAACACAGUAAUCUUAUUUAAAUCUUGGGGAACCUGCAGUUUUCAGACCCAGUGGAGCAAGUGCUUUUUCCAGGCCCCACCAUCCCCUGCAGCCUUCACCUGCUCUUGCAGGGCAGUGAUAGGGCAUUACAGGAAGUCGUUUGGGGGAAAAUUCUGCCUGAACUGUCAGAUGCACUGUGCUAAACUUUUCCAAGACCCAUUUCUAUUGCCUACUUUCAAGGCAACGCACGGAAAGUUUUUCCAGAAGUGUUUUUUACCUUCUCAAUUUAGAUAUUCCCUAUCUCUAGUCAUUUCAAAGUGAUGAAAUUAUUUAAGAGAUCCAAAUUACCUUCUCAAUUAGACAUACACUUCCAAGUCAGCAUUUCUCAAUCAGGAUUAUGCUAAGUACAUGCAUGUAUGUAUGUUCUCAUGGCACGGAUUUUAGUGAUCUGAUUUUUUUUUAUCCCUGCAUCAUAAAUAAAUACAGAACAAGCAAUAGCAAUGUUAAUUUAGGGGCAGACAGGUGAUAUGUAACAACACUACUAAUUCAGUUAAUGUGCCUUCUUAAUGGAGAAAAAGUUAAAGCAAUUCAUUACUUUUUUUCUCAUAAUUAAAGACUUUUUUGUGAGGGUGCAAAUUUACUUAUAUAAAAUUGAUUUAAAAAAUUGAGCUACUUUAAUAGCCGUUUGUAGAAGGGAGAGAGAGAGAAGAGAAGAGUCUCAGAGCUCUCUCUUCUCUUGCAGUGAUAAUUCCUCAGUGAGGUAAGAGUAUGGUAGGAGGAUUUCAGUUAGUGUAUUAUUAUUAUUAUUAUUAUUAACUCUUUACUUGACAGAUUUCAUAGAAUUUAAAAUUGACUAUGGAAGGGAAAAUAUUUAGCUCUUGCCAAUGUUUGCUGUACCAGCAAGUGGAAAUUAGUGGCUUCUAGAGAAAUAGUCUUUCUAGGUCUACACAUCAUGAUAAAGUAUUUUUUACUUUGAUUUAUUUAAAUUAAAAAUGUCAACAAGAAAAAAAAACUCCAGUCAUUAUUAUCCUCAAAGUCAAAUAAGCUCAAAUAACUUGUUUCCUUAGGGCAAACUGGUCCUGCCUGAACUUGUAGCUGUUCUGAGCCAGGUCCUCGGUCAGCAGGUUAUCAGGGCCGCUUGAUAGCGCUGCGGAUAGGAGAAGAUCCUGCAAGGAAAGCUCUUGUCAUGAAAUUAGUGAUACUUGCCUCUCCGGUGCUGAUCACUGCCUCGUUCAGAUUGACUCCCGUGAAUUAACGUGACGCCGGGAACCCCUCCUAAGGCAGGCCAGGGCCGCCCCCUUCGCUCCGAAGCCUGGAGCGCGUUUUUCUGGGCUUUCUGUCCUGCUGGUGUUUCCUGCCAGGGUGCUGUACGGCUGCAAUGGGCUUUUCCCCCCCCCCUUUUUUUUUUUCCUCCCCAGACAGAUGUAUUACUAUACCGCAAGCGGCAGAAGGACACGGCUGGCUAGGUGCUUUUAAAGGGACUGGAUUUUCGGCAGCUCUCAGGCUGGGUUUCUCCUGGUCCUGCCCGGUUUUGCCCUCGCCGGUUGGCUUUACUCCGGAAAACGUAACGUAUGCGUUUGCUGGGGGGAAGACGUUUGCUCAGCGCCCUCAGCUUUUACCCCCGCAGCGAAGCCCCGUGGGCGCCAGGCGGUUUGCAGAAGCGGGGCCGGCCUUGCGCAGCCGCCAGGCCUGGCGGGACGGGCGAUGGGCACGGCUCCCCCGGCGCCCGGGAAAGCGCCAGCCCUUCAUUUCGCCUGAGCGUUGUCCUCUGCCGAUGGCGCUGCUGCCACCAGCCGUGGUGGUUGGGAUGAGAAAUAGAUGCUAACUGAAAAGGGAGGAGGAGGAGGAAAAAAAAAAAAAAAAAAGAAAGAAACAUUUCUCUAAUUUACCCAGAGGAAACAUUGCUUGCCACUCUGAAUAAAAGCACAGCCGAGAAAGAACGUGAAAUAAUUCUGUAUUAAAAGGGGGCAUUAAAGAGGUCAGUAAGCCCUUAUGCCUCCCAGACAAUCGUUUAAACAGCAGUUUUGCCUGGCCUGACCCGUGCCGCAGCCAGGAGGGCGGCGCGGCGAGGAGGCACGGCCGCGGCACGGCGGCGCGGCGCGGAGCGAGGCCGGGAGCAGAGCCGGAGAAGGGCCCCUCGCUUCGGAAUAUUUUGCUGUUUCUGUCACUGCCCCUCUCUGUCAUUUGAGAUGAGUUCAGGGCUCCUGGGCGAACCGCAGUCUCUCUCACUCUGUUUUUUUCUCUCUCUUCAUAGUUGCAUCAAAACCGGCCAUGCAAAAACGUAAAGGCUGCAGGGUAGGCGCUUGGUGCGGUUUAAGAUACAGUUAACGUAAUCUUUAAUAAUCCAGACCUGUCCUCUGAUUUGGUUCAGGAAAAUCACUUGUAUCCGUUGGUUUCCUUCGGGGGAAAACUUGCUGUGCUCCGCUGCCUGUCCGCAGGAGGAGCAGGCGCGCGGUGCCCGGGGCCGAGUCCGGGGCGUCGGAUCUGGGCUGGCGCGGGGCGAGGGCGGCCUGGCGCGCGGCGCGAUGUCCCCGAGCGCUCGGCGCGUUGUCCUGGGGCGGUUGGUGCGGUUCCCUGUUUUAUUGUGAAGCUGGAGGUGGCCUGUGGAUCACGCGUUGUGCAGAAGUGAGUUACUUUUUUUUCUUUUUUUUCUUUUUUUGAAGAAGAAGAUAGGAAACAAGUUGCUUUUGUGAAGAACACACUGUCUGAUUAAUAUGUUGAAAUUAUUCUUGGGGGAAAAGAAAAAAAAUUCUAAUUAUGAAUGGAAACACAUUUGUCUGUCAUUGGGGAAAAUUGAUGACCUUGUUGCUACAGCUGCUUUUGCAGCUAUAGGUAAUCUUUUAUCCAACUUGUGAGUUGCAGUUACCUUCGGGGAAAAACCCAGACAAGUCCACCGCAAUUGCGGGCGAGAUGGACUCGCUAUUGGCAUCAGCUGAUGUUCAGCUGAUCGAAGCUGGGAUAUAAUCUUUAAACUCAAAGAGCUGGCCUAACGCAAACCGGUUCUCAGCUGCAAAUCCCUCCUUGCACUCUUCCUGUGCUAAAGGCGUUAGCUGUAAAGGUGUCACUCCUUACAAGCUCCCGUAACAGGAAAACGAGCCUGGUGACGCCGUUACUGUUUGCCUGUCAAACCAAGGCAGGGUUUCAGUGGGACUUAAGUGCGGUACGUUUCAUCAUGGUGUCUCCGUUGCUGAUUAUAUGAAGAAUAAAUUGUUGUAUAUGCUGAUAUGUAUGUUAUGUACAUUUUCACAGUGAUUGAAUCAUUGUAAACAACAAAAUGGAAAAAAAAAAGAAUCACCAUUCUGUCUAUUUUAUGAAGAUGAUAAAGCAGCUUUAUUAAAUUAUUACGAUUCUGUUUCAAAAUGGUGUACCUGCCACGUUGGGUUUUUUUUCAUCGGAUGAGAACCUUGUUUUCCACCUCAAUGUGAUUUUCUUUGCUUUGAGCAUCUAAUGCAUUUUAGUAUUAAAAGACAAU